AUGGCUGACGACGACGACAUAGUUCUCCUUGCGUGCGCCAUGGCCAUAGCGGCGGCCGCAUUAACCAUCAAGGACGAGCUUAUCGACGAUGACCUGCCCGACCGUAAGCCGCAGCUCCGGUUCGUGCGCCCCGAGACGUCGUACUUGGACUACCAAGACAUGCAACGCGACCUCCUCUACGAUCGCGGCGAUCUCGGCGAUCGUGUCAUCUACGACAUUUUCCGCAUGGACGGUGCGAGCCUCCACGUGUUAGUUGCGAUGGCGACACCCUAUCUACCGGGGCGUAUCAACCCACGCGAUGUGGAGCAGUUCUUCCUCGACAAAGGGUUUUCGACCCUGCACCAUUACCGUACCAUCGUCUGGUCUUGA